AUGAUGACUCAUGCUUUGGAACUUACUGCUCAGGUGCAGAGACAGGUGAAUGAGAACAAUGCGAGCACAAUAAGUGUCAUUCUUGAAAAUAAUCUGGACGGUAUCUUAGCGCUGGGAGGUGAAUUCUUGGCAUCAGUAUUGGACGCUGUCAGCUGGAAUGUCAGCACCUCUUGUUUGACACAUUCAGGGCUUUUUCUUCAGGCUUUACUACGUCGUGAAAAAUGGGCGCUAAAAAUGAUAGAUGCUAUUGGAAAGCCUCCAAAUGGUCUGCUCGAUGGUCAUUUUACUUGGCUUGGAAACUAUGAUGAAUGUAUAGCUGUAGAAGCGAUAAGAUAUAACGAUACAAUAAAAAAGAUUGGUCCAAGUGAAGCCUUUACAGGGAAAUACUGUUUAGCCUCGUUUCCACUUGGAACUACUGGAAAUAGUUUAACAGGCCCACCGAUGUUUUCAAUAGGGAUGUGUUUACCGGAGACGUGCAGUUCAGCCGAUGUGGCGACUCUUAUAAUCACGUUUAUAAGUUUACUUCCAUUUAACGUGACACUCCCAUCAGUAAGUGCUGUUUGUCAAGAGAAGACCUUGCCAUAUACAGAUGCUGCCAUCGCUGUAAUAGUUAUAUGCACAAUAUUUGCAAUUAUAAUCAUCACAGCAACGCUCUAUGACGCCGUCAACCAGAACAUACAGUCGAAAGAAAUGGACACCAGCAACGGGCAGGUACCAAACAAUUACACGAAAGGACAAAUGCCAAACGAAAUUGUGGCUGAACAAAAGAUUGAGAAAUUCAAAUGUUCAGAUUUAAAAUCACGCAGACAAGGCAAAGUCACAAAACUUCUUCUUUCGUUUUCUGUAUAUUCAAAUGCACCAAAACUCCUUAAUACGAAACAGCUAGCUGGGACCCUUUCAAGUGUGAAUGGUAUACGCUUUAUUAGUACGUCUUGGGUGAUCCUUUGUCACACGUAUAUGAUGGGUUUACCUGUAAUAGAAAAUGUUGCUGUAUUUCUACCAAAAAUGUUGAAACGGUUCACAUUUCAAGCUGUCGUUAACGCAUUCGUUUCUGUGGAUACUUUCUUUGUUCUCAGUGGCUUGCUUGUUGCUUAUCUAUCACUUCGUGAAAUGAGAAAGGUAGGAGGACCUCGCAAAUUCAACUGGUUUCUCUUCUACUUCCACAGAUUUUGGAGGUUGACACCUCCUUACAUGCUGCUAUUUAUGCUGUAUGUACCGACAUUCAAGUAUUGGAGUGAUGGGCCUUUGUGGCUUCAGCAGGGUUUAGACAAGAAUGAUUGCAAAAACUCUUGGUGGGCGAAUCUACUGUAUAUCAACAACAUCGUCAAUGAAAAGGAAACGUGUAUGGGAUGGAGCUGGUACCUGGCUAAUGACAUGCAGUUCUUUGUGAUAAGUCCCUUCAUGCUGAUUCCCCUUUACUAUUCCCCUGUACUUGGAGGAUUGUCGUGCCUAGCUCUGGUUACGGUCAGUGUGAUAUCUCGUGCACUGAUAUCAAAGCAUUAUGAGUUUAAUGCAAACUUGCUGUUUAGUUCUGACAUGGAUGAUAUAUUUGAAAUAUACUACAAACCAUGGUCUAGAGUAGGCCCCUAUGCUGUUGGUGUCUUCACGGGUUAUAUGUUGUACAGAACAGAAUGUAGGAUAAAAAUGUCAAAGUUUUUGAAUUUUGUUGGCUGGACGAUGGCUACUGGUGUGGCUAUUGCUGUUUUGUAUGGAUUGUACACUCCUGACGGAUCAACCGAUAGACUCAGCGUUGAUGUAUCGGCCCUGUACAACGCCACUUCAAGAAUAGCUUGGGCAAUAUGUAUUGCCUGGGUGAUAUUUUCCUGUGCUUCUGGAUACGGUGGACCUGUGAACGCCUACCUAGCAUGGGGAGGAUUCGUUCCCCUUAGUCGACUGACGUAUUGUGCAUAUUUAGUUCACCCCAUUGUGAUCACGUUACAAGUGUAUAGCAGAAGAACUUUGGAACAUUGGUCGGACAUUGAAUUGAUAUACCGGUUCCUUGGUCACAUGUGCAUAACCUACGCCACAGCCUUUGUGAUAUCGUUGGCAUUUGAGUCCCCGAUGAUAGGGCUCGAGAAAGUACUACUGGGCCGGAAGAAAAGAAGCUAGAUCUUCGACAAAACAUUCAUUAUUAUACAACAAUUAAAUAUCGGAAUGUCCCUUUAAGGCCUAAUAUACAAUCUAAAUUUUUAGAAUGGACUGAAAUAAACGUGUUCAUUAUCUUGUAGAAAUCGAUUGCUGACUUGUAAAUAAUAUACAUAAUUACUUUUUCAAUAUAUCUGUCCGACGUGAAUUUUCUGGGACGGACAUGACUUUUAGGUUCACGAUACAUGUAGGUUUUCAAUAUUCAUGAAUGGAUUUUGAAAAGCGUAUGUCAGAGAAUACAGUGAGGGUAACAAAAACAAUGUCUAUUAGUGCACCUUUUAGUUUUAUAAACAUCCAAAGAUAUCAUGUAACUUCGCCGACAAGUUGUGGUAUUAAUAAAAUACAUCUUCUGCAAUUAAUUUAAAUGUCUUAUGUAACGGAAAAAUCGAACAACAAACUUAUUUGUUACAUUUUGUUUAAUAUAUACAUCGAAAUUAACCCGGAAACUAUGAUGCAUUUCAGAGGGAAACGUAAAUGUGUAAUUUUUAAGUCACGGACCAUUUGGGAAAUGUAAACACUAAAAGUGUGUAUUUUAUAUUUACUCGUGUUAUCGUAUGAAUACUUUUAACAGAAGGUGCAUUUUAAUAAGUUACGAUACAUUGUAUGUGCUAAUAGAUCCUUUGUAAGCAAACAGUCUAGAUUUUUCGCCAUGAUUAGUUAUACAAGUAUACACAGGACAGAAACCUUCUAGCAUUUUCCAGUACCUUUGCUUACUGAGUGAUUGAUUGAUCGGAUAUUGUAUGAUAUAUUGUCAUGUUUUGUUAUACUUAGACACUGAAAUAAGAUGUAUAAGAACUUUAACAUCAAUUUUAUAUUUUACGCUUUCACUAUUGUAUGUCUGGCAAAAUGAUGAGCUGAAUUUGCCUGAUUCUUUCUGUUGGGUGUUUGAUAUCGGGAUUUUUAACUUCAUUCAAUUAUUUUUUUAUAACGACAAGGGCUUAUCAACAGAUAAUCGGGUAAGUUGAAAGAAAAACUAUGUCAGUUUCAAAAUGCAUUGUUUGAGCCUCUUAUAGUACACUUAGCAGUUUGUUAUUUGGGACUUUAUAAGUAUAGCAAUUGUUUGACAAGAAGCAAUAUUGAUUGACAGUGAAUGCACCAACAGGUACAGAAAUGUUGUCAUUGCGCAUAUCAGUUUUAGGUCUAAAACGUUUUAAUUUUGUGGAAAAUUAUUUAGAAAAAAAAAAGCUUUAAAUGUGGCAAAAACAAUUAAAAAACUGCACCAAAUGGCGGGGUUGAAGGCGAUUCUCAGAUAAAUGAUAUUUUAAACUGCAUUCUCUUGGUCUACAGUUGAGACUUGCUUCACAUGUUGCAACAUCAAGGAAGGUUGCAUCUGUUGUCAUGCCCAUAGCGACAAUUGAGGCAACCGAGGCACUUACCUUUCUGUCUCAUCUGCCUCGGUCGAUUUUUCUGUCUCAUUUGUCUCGGUUGAUUUAUGUUUUGCCUGGCCAUUAUUUUUGGUCUCAGGGUUUGGUUUUACCUUAGCUGUAUAAAUUUCCAGCCGUUUUUGGACAAUCUUAUCUCGGUUUAGAAAUUAUUUUCCGAAUAGCUUUAAUAUUUAAAAAAUGGAAAACUGUGGCAUAUAUCUACGACGUCACAACUGUGUGGUGUACGCGAGAUAUGUCAGUAUCGCACUUAGGUUGGUGCGCGCAUUUCCGAUGUGUGUUUUCAAUAUUCCCCAGCAGCAUCCAAAAAGACCAGCCAGUAAUAUAGAGGUCAUUCCCAGGCGCGUAGCGUGGCAUACUCAGUUACUCUGCUGAUUGCUGAGAAACAUUUGCAAUCCAAGUCUAAAAAUAAAAAGGGUAAGAGAUCGAAAGAAGCAAUGAAACAUAUCAGGUGAUGGUAUGAGGCUAGUGCCAAUGUUUGCGCAUAUAUUACUAAUCUGUAUUUUUGUAGAUUUGUAAAUUUCAGAAGAAAAAAACAAGACCGUAGCUUGGCUAAUUUGUUUGUUCUUAAACACCUCCUUCCCUAGACAAAAACUGUUACAAAUCAUUUUGUAAAUUAUUAAAUAACAUCUUAUUCGGACCCCUACUUAUGAGGACAUGUUUGGCGAAAUAACAGAGAUGUCGACGUUUCAUUCGUUCAAUUAAGAUGUUCCACUUUUUAAUGUAAUUUAUUACCUAGUUCAGUGAUUUUAAAACAUUACUGUUGCAUAUGCAUAUCUGAAACUCUGGGAUACGGUCAAAAUAAAUGUACUUGAGUAUAGAUUUUAAAUUUGCCUAAUACAGAUUUUAGUACUCCUAAUCCUACAGCUUAGUAAAUAUUUCACGCGCAUUUUUAUUUUACUGUAAAUGUUCACCGUGCUCAAAUGUACUGGUAUGUAUCAAUAGAAGUUUUACCACUAAUACAAAAGUGGAUGAUAUAUUAACAUAAUUUGAUAUUCUUUCGUGAUCCUUUCAUGAUUUUAGUGAUUCAGACACGUCAGUAAAGAAAUGUUAGUAAUCUUCAAAAGAUUUAUCAAAUAUAAUACUGGAUCAAGUUUAGCGUUUAAAAAUGCUUACUGUAUCAAAAUGACUGUAUAUGUUUUCAGAUACAUUUGCAUCAUAAUCUCUAAACACUGCCAGGUUAACAUAUUUUGAUAUCAUUUUAUGAUUCAGACACAUCAGUAAAGGAAUUUAAGUAAUGUUCGAUAGAUUUGCCAAAUAAUACUGAAUCAAAUUUUGCGGUUUAAGACUGGGUAUUGUAUUAACUUGAUAAUUCAUGUAAUCACAUAUCCUUGUUUCGUAAUAUAUAAACAGUGUAUCUACAAUGCUAUGGAAAAAUAAUCAUAUGA